CAAUCGAUGGUUAUUUGGAUUGAUAGGCUUAUGGGAAGAUAAGAUAUCGUCGAAGAAAUUGAUUUACGUUUGUUUCCUCAAUUUUAUAAUAAUCAUUGCGGUGUUCGAACAGGUAAGCGUCAUUUAUUUUAUUUCUGGUUAAGUAUUUAAUUAUUUCCUCGAAUGAAAUAAAAUUUAUAUUGGCAGAAUAAUAUCCAAAUGUGUUAUGCUGUUUGUUGAAUAGAAAUAAUAUCAAAGAUUUUUUUUACUUUAGAUUUAUGUGAUUUUCUCGUUAAAAGGAGAAUUAAAUUCAAUUGCUAAAUUAUUGGAGACUACCUUGAUUACAUUGUCUUUCGGAUCAUGCUACUACAAUCUAUUAUCUAAUAAUAUUAUUGUUCGUACUUCAUUAAAAGCUGCAGUUCUUUUUUUAUUUAUCCAAUUAUGAAAGACACGCGCUCCUUUUCGUUUUAAGGAUCAAUUUAACAUCUGCACGUGUACAAAUUUCAGAUGAAGAAAAUUCUUCGUCGUAUAGAUUGCGAUUGGAAGAAACUUGCGAACAAGCGGGAAUUAUUUAUACUGAAAGAGUAUGCUAAUAUAAGCAGAAUGUGUACCAUUGGAAACAUAAUCUCCUUUUAUUUGUAUAUUGGAUUUUUGAUAUUUCCAUCAUUACAACGUUUCAUUCAGCACAUCUUUGGUGUAGUAAGCUACAAUGAAUUAAUUUUACCCGUUCGUUUUGAUCAUUUUAUGAAAAAUCGUGCAGGUUACUAUCUUGGUCUUUGCAUUCAGUACGCAGUAAUAAUCAUUCUAUGCACGGUAGCGAUUGCGAAUUAUACGAUGUUUAUUGUAGUAAUACUGCAUGCUUGCGCACUAUUUAAUGUCGUUGUGUAAGUAAACAAUAAAAAUGA